CUGAAAUAUUACAACAGAUUAUUAAAAGAAUCAUUUUUCCAGAUUUUUUAUAGCCAUGGACUGGAGAGAAACGGUGACUUCCGUAUCUGAUCAUGUUUUUCCAGGCCUUUCGCACAAAAUUGACAACAAAUUGACUGGAAACGAAGUAUUAUCCAAUCUUCCUCUGCAGAUGUCGCUGUAUUUUAACGUAGUUUUUGCCCCCGUUUGGAUACUGGUGAUAAUAAUAUUUCUCACUGAAAAUUUCUACUUAUACAGCGAAUUGAACAAGUUCAUAAUAGUGACUAUUGUAACUACAAUAUUCCUCGUGGAGAUACUCAGACUUUUUUUGGGUUAUGAAGGCAAUUUAAGAGACAGGAUACCGGAACUAGCAGGAUUUUGGAUGUUAUCUCUGCUUCUACAAUUUCCGCUACAGGGUUUCUUAUUAUUAAAUCCCUAUUUUGGAUUUUACGUCUUAGAGGUGGUCGCACAAACAGUGAUGUUCUGCAUGUUGUGUGUUCAGCUAAUUUCUGGAUAUUGUGCUUUAAAAUAUACCGCAUCCAAACAGGCCACUUAUUUCAGGAUUAUGAAACUCAGAACCGAUAUCAGCCUAGCUGACAUUGAGAAUAGAUAUAGAAUGAAUUGAAAUAAGUUUGUAGUUAUAAAUUUUCCUUUCAUUAAUAAAGAUGUAAGAUUUAAGAUGUCAAGACUGAGUAGAUAAAAACAAACAAACGCAUGUAGGAAGUACUGGAUAUAUGAA